AUGGCUCCAUCUGUUCAAGUCCAGCAAGUGGACACCUCCGCAGACUCUAUCACUGAGAGUGUUAAGAAGAUCGCUUUAGGCGUUGGAAGGACUGGUGAUGGAACUUCCAACUUCAAGGGAGGAUUUGCCGAUUCCUCCGUAGACAAGCUUCCAGAGCCUACCAGAAAAAGAUUCGAAAAGUACGGAAUCGACAUUUCUCGUGGUUACCCUGAAAGACCUCCUACUGAGGAGAUUCCGGUUUUCAUUGACGACGCUACUGCCAUCAGAAACACACCUUGGGAGUUUAUUGACAGAGGUUCCAAGGCCGAUCCGGAGAAGAAGGCAUUGUUGGGGGCUGCUAAGGAAGUUAAACAUUUGACAAAGCACAUUGGUACUGAGAUUGUAGGUUUGCAAUUGAGCGAACUCACGGACCAACAGAGAGAUGAAUUGGCCCUCUUGAUUGCCGAGAGAGUCGUAGUCUUCUUCAGAGAUCAGGAUUUGUCUCCACAGAAACAGUUCGAAUUGGGCGAAUACUUCGGCAAAGUUGAAGUUCAUCCUCAACAGGUUCACGUUCCUGGCAUUCGUGGUAUUACGGUCAUCUGGCCUGAGCUUUUUAAGAAAUUUGGUCCUAUCACCUUCAGAAAGACUUUGAACCAUUUCACCUCGAGGUGGCACACUGACUUGGUUCACGAAUUGCAACCUCCAGGGAUCACUCAUUUGCACAAUGAUACCAUUCCUGAAGUUGGGGGAGACACCGUUUGGGCUUCUGGUUAUGCCGCUUACGACAAGCUUUCUCCAGCUUUGCAAGAAUUCCUUGAUGGGAAGAAGGCUGUAUACUUCUCUGCUAACAAGUACGUUGAUCGUGAGAACCCAUUGAAGGGUACUGUUCACAUUGAAAGGGAACACCCAAUCAUCAGAACCCAUCCUGUUACCGGCUGGAAGUCCUUGUAUGUCAACCGUGCUAUGACCAGCAGAAUUGUAGGUUUAGAGCCAGGUGAAUCAAAGGUCAUCUUAGAGUAUUUGUUUGAUGUCUUUGAAAAGAACUUGGACAUCCAGGUCAGGUUCAACUGGAAGCCAUCCCAGCCAGGCUUGGGUACUUCUGCUCUUUGGGAUAACAGAAUCAGUCAGCAUUUUGCUGUUCUUGAUUACGAGGGCCAAGAACCAAGACACGGUACGAGAGUAAGUUCAUUGGCUGAGGUUCCUUUCUACGAUGCCGAAUCCAAGUCUCAGAGAGAAGCUUUGGGAUUGUCCUUAGAUUAG